CGGUACAAAGUAGAAAGUACGUUACUACGUUGGGCAAAUAAAAAUGUUAGACUUUCUACACAAUACCACCACCACAAGCCAAGCCAGUGAAGCCACACUCAUCAUCUCUGUGUUCAGAUUUGUUUCAUUAAUUUCCCCUCAACUUCACACCAUCACCAUUCACCACGUACUUCCCAUGCAAGAACCAUGCAAAAAACCGAACCAACGUUACAAAUUAAUGACUGCUGCACUUAAUCUCUUUGGCCAUAUAUUCAACAAACAAAAGAGUAAGAACUCUAGCAAGAGUUACUACAAAUACCCCGAGUUGUAGACACACUUGCUCUUCACAAUAACACCAAAAAAAAAAACUGCUUAACGUGACCAAACACACACACAGCUAGCUAGCCAUGGCUUCUUCUGCUCUCUCAGCUGUUUCCCCGCUCACAACAAUCUCGUCCUUGACAUCCCUUAAGAGCAACACCACCAACGCCAUUCCAGCUGCGAACCGUCGUCCCAUCUCCAUCAAAACUCGUCCUGCCAGAGCUGCUGCAUGCAAAUCCUCCCAUGGCAGCACUCUGGGUGGGGAUUGUGGCACUUUCCCGUUCCCCGUGUACCCGAUUCCCAUAUUCGGCCAAACCGGUCAGACCGGCUCGACCGGCGGGGACUCUGGCUUCUGGUCGAUUCAUUUUUUCGGCAAAGCUGCUGCAUGCAAUAAACCCUCCCAUGGCCGCACUCUGGGUGGGGACCAUGGCUCGUUCCCGUUCCCAGUGUACCCGAUUCCCAUAUUCGGCCAGACCGGCUCGACCGGUAGUGGGGACUCCGGGUGGUGUUACCCGGUCGUGUUCGGCAAAGCUGGUCAUAUGAUGACCUCCUCGACCGACGGGGACUCUGGCUUCUGGUCGAUUCAUUUUUUCGGAAAAGCUGCUGCAUGCAAAUCCUCCCAUGGCAGCACUCUAGGUGGGGACCAUGGCUCGUUCCCGUUCCCCGUGUACCCGAUUCCCAUAUUCGGCCAGACCGGUCAGACCGGAUCGACCGGUAGUGGGGACUCCGGGUGGUGUUACCCGGUCGUGUUCGGCAAAGCUGGUCAUAUGAUGACCUCCUCGACCGGUGGGGACUCCGGCUUCUGGUCAAUUCAUUUUUUCGGCAAAGCUGCUGGUCAUACUGCCUCCUCAACCGGCGGGGACUCUGGCUUGCACCCGACCAUGGCCAUGGUCGAGGAACCUGGCUUCGCGUCGAAUUGACCAUAUGAGGACUGACCAGAGAGCCAUGAAUAUAAACUUACCUAUCAGCAGGAAAAUCAUAUGUAACGUUUUGUGUGUGUGUUUGUGUUCGAGAAGGGCAGUGAUGAUCAUGAUCACUAUAGCUAGCUCACCAAGCAGUGUUUUAAUUAAUUUCCAGUAGUUGAGGUUAUGUUGCUCGUAGUUUGUCUCCUCCAAUUCGGAAAAGUAUCGUUGUAAGAUGUAAGUCGGCCUGUUGGAAUCCCAUAUCCAAUAAAUAAACCUUGUUAAGGAGGGAAAAGCUUGUUAGAAUCAUGUGAAUGCUCUGGAUUAGCCUCCCCAAUAUUGUUACUGGGAUAAUCAAUUGAUUCUUGACCUAGUAUCGGAGUAUUUUGUGACUGAGAGGUCUUUUGUUCGAAUUUCGCGAUUGACGACCUCAUCUGUUCUCUUAAACACAUGGUGUCCAUUCCAUGUGCAAACUUUCAAACCUAUAUACCCUAUAUAUAUAUAUAUAUAUAUAUAUAUAUAUAUAUAUAUAUAUAUAUAUGAGUGGGUUUUCGUUUAAAGAAGUGUGUUAAUAAAUUGAUAUAUAAUCCGUAAUUGAACUAUCUCAACAACUCAACUUGUUCUUGACACUGAAACUAGUUUUGGACCGUGUGGGUCGUCCAGGGUCGAAUCUCUCGAAUAACUCCAUAUAAUGAGAGACACGUUGAGAUAUUCUAGGAACCAAAGCCAAUCAUUCAUUCCUUAUUGAAAUAAUACAACGACGGCAAGAUUCACAGGUACUAUACUACGCAUGAAUUCAGCAGGAAAUAACGGAACGCACGUUUUAUGAUCAUAAAUUUGAACUAGGCAUGGUCGCCGGCGUCGGCGCCAUUACCUGGACGGCAGCGGUUGAUGGUUAAGCAACCACGGUGGUAAGGAUUGGCCGGGACAGGAGUACUAGGAGGCGGAGUACAGCCAAUAAUAGCGGCGGCGCCGGGACAUCCAGCCUCAUUAGGGUUUAGGACACACGGACUUAUGUAUCUUGUUGUUGCCUCCGCCAUUAACGAUGACGGGCUCGCGAGGAGAAACAUCGCCAUCACUAGGAGAAUCGCACCUUUAGUACUGUUCUUCAUCGUCAAUAUCUCCCACAGACAACAAUUAAGCAAAAGGGUAUAUUGUGCUCUGUGCUGUGUGUGAGUAUGUAUAUAUAUGGUAGAUUUCUUCGGGUCACUCGGCAAUAAUCGUACAUACAAUUCAUUUAACUCUAAAAGUAGUAUUAAGACAUCAAAUUUUUGAAUUUUAAUGAGUCGUAGCAUUUGUCUGAUUUGAUGAUAUACUAUAUUAUCACAACUAACCAAUUCGUUAUAUAACCGUGAACGACGUACGCUACACCCGAAAUUAUAAACCGUGAACACUUGUCCUAAUUUCCUAACUCUAAAACCUUCGAAUCAAAGUAAAUCUUGAAUGAUUAUUUGAACAAAUUCACUUGUUUCCCCCAAACAUGCACGACACCACCACGUACUUCACAUGCAUGAAGACACUCCAAAUUAACCAACCUACGUACGUUACGAAUUCAUGAAUGCAGACAUGCAUGCGUGCACCAGCAACACGUACUUCACAUGCAAAUGCAAACCAGCCAAACCCUAACGUUACAAAAUUGAAUGUCCUUAUCUUAUUUCUCUCUGGCCAUAUCUCAACAAACAAAAAAGCGUGGG